UCCCUCCACACAUAUCCAGGUAGUCAGGCGACCCAGAACAUGCCUUACGCGGGAAAUGUGCUGGUGAUAUUAUUCGGAGUCCUUAUGCUGCAUUCGGGCUUCGCUCAGAACGCGGGGUUUGUGAAGUCGCCCCUCUCUGAGACUACUGACAGCUUCUUCCAGAUUUGGGAUGGAGCGCGCAGACAACGCGUGUCCAUCAGCAUGGCGUACUGCGCCAAUGGUGUAAGUGUGUUAGACAUCACUAGUCGCAUCACCAUCGAGGAUUCUGGGAUUUAUGAGUGCAGGGCCAGUAUUGACCCUGACGAUUUGCACCAGAAUCCAUCCACUACCUGGAUACGAGCCCAGGCAACAGUUACCGUGUUGCAGAAACCAACAAUUGAUUCAACGGAUCACAUAAUUCUACCCACGGGUUCUCCAAUCACGCUCCAGUGCAACCUUACAUCGUCCCAAAGCACACACCAUGAGAGCUUCUGGAUGAAGAAUGGGGAGGAGAUCGCUAAAACAAGGGCCAGUGUCAAAAACACACAAUACAAACUUGAAAAACCAAGGCGAGAGAACACAGGCGUGUAUAUGUGUGUGUUCACGUUCGAUUCGGCCCCCACAGCAAAUGCCACAAUUGAGAUAAAAGCUGCACCAAAUAUCACGGGGUACAAGGUCAGCGAGAAUAAGUAUGAGGGUGAAAAAGCUGUCAUCUACUGCAAAUCCGUGGUUUAUCCUUAUCCCAUGUGGAGCUGGUACAAACUUAAUAAUGGCAUCAGUAUGGAUAUUGACAACUCCUCUGGCCGCUUCUUCAUCAGCAGCAAGGAUGGCUACACCGAACUGUCCAUCAUUGACCUAAACAUCACCACCGACCCGGGAAAGUACCAGUGCAACGCCACCAACAUCAUCAGCUCCGACUCAAAGCAAACAAUUCUGCGUGUCAGGAGCCUCCUGGCCCCCCUGUGGCCCGUGCUGGGGAUCCUCGCUGAGAUCAUCAUCCUGGUGCUGAUCAUCGUCAUCUACGAGAAGCGCAAGAAGCCUGACGAUGUUCCUGACGAUGACGAACCAGCUGGGCCAAUGAAAACUAAUUCCACCAACAACCACAAAGAGAAAAGCCUACGUCAGAGAAAUACAAAUUGAUUUCAUCAUUAAAGAUUGAGACAUUCACAUCAUGACCACAUGAACGUUACUCAUGAACGGUUCAGGGCAUUGGCAAUCAAAUCAAAGGUGGAGGAGUUAAAUGGAAGACUGGAAGAAAUGGGCACCCGAGGCCUGCCUUAUAAAUCUGGUGUGAGGACCACGAGUGAACAGAACUGCACUUGAUUCUGAAAUUUUUUUUGCAUGAUUGUGUUGCCUUUUCUUUAGAAUCUCUUUUAUUCAAGUAAACUUUUUCCAUUUUCAGGCAAAAGUCCAAAAAUAAUGACUGCAUGCAAGAUAAUUAUUGUUUAUAUAGGCUUUUUUUUUAGGUUUGUUUGCGUAUUUAUGAAUGACUUUUGUUCAAGCAAGCCUUUAACUUAUUAUGCCACCAUGAUUCUGGUAUGACAGUUUUUGUACAGAUUAUCAUAUUACUGUAGACCAUUUGGUAAGGUGGCAUAUGAUCCUGUCAAUCAAUUAAGGGCUUUGCGAAAUGACCUGCCAUAUUUAAUUUGUAUUUGUUUUGUACACUGAUGUAUGAAAUCAUUUGAAAUAUCUAUAGUUAUCUGAAUGUUUUUCAUACUGAUGCACUUAUUCCUUCAAAUAUUUUUGCAAACCAGUGACAUUUUAUACUUAUGUGCCUUAUCUGUCUCUAAUUCUACAGGACUGCU